CGCCUGUUUCCACACAACACAGACAGCUGAACAGGAAUCCGGGAGAGCGGCUUGCUUAGGCUGGAGGAUUCCCCGGCUUGCUGUACAUCUCUGUUCCUCUACCCACUUUGCUAAUGGAUGGGAUGCCCCAUACCAACUCCAGAGAGCACCAUUAACGGCCAGCAGAGGUCCAGAUGUCAAAAUGACAGAACGCUUUGACUGCCACUACUGCAAAGAGUCCCUCUUUGGCUCAAAGUACAUCUUGCGGGAGGAAAGUCCCUACUGCGUCAAGUGCUAUGACAGCCUGUACUCCAACACCUGUGAGGAAUGUAAAAAGCCUAUUGGCUGUGAUUGUAAGGAUCUGUCGUACAAGGACCGGCACUGGCAUGAAACCUGUUUCCACUGCUUCCAGUGCAAGAAUUCACUGGUGGACAAGCCUUUUGCUGCUAAAGAAGAACACCUACUCUGUACUGAAUGCUACUCCAAUGAGUACUCUUCCAAGUGUAGCGAGUGCAAGAAGACCAUCAUGCCAGGAACUCGCAAGAUGGAAUAUAAAGGAAGUAGCUGGCACGAGACCUGCUUUAUCUGCCACCGAUGCCAACAACCGAUAGGAACGAAGAGUUUCAUUCCUAAGGACAAUCAGAAUUUCUGUGUGCCGUGCUAUGAGAAGCAGUUUGCCAUGCAGUGUGUCCAGUGCAAGAAGCCCAUCACUACUGGAGGGAUUACUUAUCGGGAGCAGCCGUGGCACAAGGAAUGUUUUGUGUGCACUGGGUGCAAGAAACAGCUGUCCGGGCAACGCUUUACUUCCCGGGAUGAGUUUGCGUAUUGUCUGAACUGCUUCUGCAGCCUCUAUGCUAAAAAGUGUGCAGGAUGUACCAAUCCAAUAAGUGGACUUGGAGGAACCAAGUACAUCUCCUUUGAGGAACGCCAGUGGCACAACGACUGCUUCAACUGCAAGAAGUGUUCCUUGUCCUUAGUAGGCCGCGGUUUCCUCACCGAGAGGGAUGACAUCCUGUGUCCUGAGUGUGGGAAAGAUAUUUAAGACUUCGGAGCGGAAU